AUGGCGCAGCGAUGGCUGCUGGGGGCGGAAGUGAGUGUGGGGCGCUGUGGGGGGGACAGCAGGGAGGAGUGGGAAGCGAUGCCUGUACUGGGGCUGCGGGAAGAGAUGAGCAUGAUCAAGCUCUUGCUCUCUCAUCCCCUCGCCCAGGCUAAAGGCAACGACGAUGUGUGUGCGUGCAAUAGGGUUGGUGGGACGACUGGCAGCAUGGCACAUUCGCUGGGGCUCAGUGUGCAGGCGGGGAAUGCACAGGGUGCUGCUGCUGCUUCUGCAGCGGCAGGAGCAGCAGCUGCCGCUACUCAUGCUGGUCCUGUUGUUGUUCCUGGUGGUGGUGGUGAUGCUGCUGCAUCUGCUCCUGCUGCUGCUGGUGCUGACGCGGUGCCAGCACCAGAGCAGCCGUCCCAUCCAGCCCCUGCUUAUGAAUCCACAGCAGCAGAAGCACAGCAACCACCGAACACCUUACACAACCCCUCCACCACCCCAGCAUCCCUGCAACCACCAUUUGAACCCCCAUCAGUAACAGCAGCAACUGCAGCAGCAGCAGUGGUGCCGUGUGCCGUGGUGCGGCAGGCAGAGGCUCUCAGGGACUCCUCUCUGGACACGGCUCUACUGGCAGCAGCACACGGCAAGUGUCCCUGGUGUGCUCGCCGCUUGCCCUCUCCCCUCACCGCCUCCUCCUCUGCGUCACCCCAGCAGCGCCAGGGCUCAUGGGCGGGCACGCUUCGCCUCAAGACUCAUAUCCAUAUGAUGCCCUCACCGCUGACUGCUGCGCUGCUGGCGGGGGAAGUGAAGUCGCUCCUCCUCGCUGCCUUUGGCUCCCGCCGCCUCACCGGCCCGCUCUCCCUCCCCGCCCUCGCUGCUCCCACCCGCCCCACGCUCCCCAUCCCCACCCCCACAACCUCCCCUGCUGCCUCCCCCUCCUCCUCCCCCGCUCCCCCCGCUCCCCCCACCACCAUCAAGCCACCUUCCCCUAAAGCUCAAACCGAAGCCGCGCCUGCUGCUGCUGGUGAUGCAGCAAAGGUGGGGGAGGAGGUGCGGGGAGAGAAGGUGGUGGGGAGUGGAGGAAUGGAGAAAGCGGCAGUGGCGGAGAGUCCAGUGGGGAAGGCAGGGGGUGGCGCAAGUGAUGUGGGAAAGGGUGGGGUGGAUGGGGGAGGGGAUGGUGGGCGGCAGGGAAGGGGUGGGGUUGGGGAUGCGAGAGUGAGAGAGGAGGUGGAGGAGGGAGAGGCUGUGGAGAUGGAGGAAGGGGAGGCAAGGGAGGAGGGGGCUGUGGAGGAGGGUGAAGCAGUGGAGGUUGAGAGGAGACGGAUGGGAGAAGAGGGGGGGAGCAGGGGCGCACGGGGAGUGAGGUGGGAGGGGGUGAAGGGCGGGGGUGGUGAGGAGGGGAGGGACGGGAGCAAGGGGGUGAAGGAGGAGGGUGAGGCAGGGGUGGUCGGUACAACGGCCGGUGCGAGUGGGGGGGUGGCGGAGGGUAAGGGCGUGGGCGCACGUAGGGAAGAGGAGGAGGGGGAAAGGAUGAAGAGGAGUGGCCCAGGCGGAGGGGUGGAGGCAGAGGGCGGUAAGGAGGUGGAGGGGAGUAAAAAUCCGAAAGGGAGUAAGGACGUGGAAGAGAGUAAGGAGGUUGAGGGUGAUGAAGAGGAGGCAGGGAGCAGAGUGCGGAGUGUGGUGGCGCUGUGUCCGCCGGCAGUGCUGGUGGGGUAUCAGGACGACUGGCUUGCCACGUCGCCCUCGCUGCUCCGCCUCUGGGACAAGGCGCCCUUUGAACCCUACUGCCUGCCUAAACCCCUAUCGGUGCUGGCCAUCUGUCCCGCGCUGCCUGCCCUCGCUCGCCCCCUUCGCUCCUUCCUCUCCGACCUCGCUUCAGCACUCAUCCAAUCUUGCUUCACCGUUCCGCACCGCGUCCUUCCCCUCCCCGUGCGCCCACUACAGUCCCGCGCCGUGGGUGCUUUCAGUGACGCCGUGGCAGCUGCUCUCGCCAAGCUGCCUCGCACUGCCCUCUUCCCCCCCACCAACUCCACCGACCCUGACCUUUGCCCCUCCACGAUUGCUCGUUUUCCCUCCUUCCACCCCUCUACUCUUGCUUGUCCGCCGCUGUUCCUCUCUGCCUCGCUGUCCCUCUCUGCCUCGCUGUUCCUCUCUGCCUCGCUGUUCCUCUCUGCCUCGCUGUUCCUCUGUGCCUCACUGUUCCUCUCUGCCUCGCUGUUUUUCUCGUUCCAUCGGCCCCUCUUGGCGCAUGCAUCUAAAGCUGAGUCGCUGCUCCUGCUGGUGUGCCCCUGGACAUCCCCUGGGGCGUGCCUCUCCCUCUUCCUCCGCACUGCUGCCCACACCCACGCCCUCACGCUCGCUGCUGCCAAAGACACAUCAGCGUCAGCAUCACCCACAGCCGCCCAUCCCGCUGCUCCGCCCAGUCUCACGCUCUUCCCGCGUCCGCUCACAGUGCAUCUGCUGCCCAUGUCCCACGUGCUCUCCCUCUCACACUCUGCACGCGCCAGCUCCCUCCGCCAGCUCGCCCUCUCGCUCUUCUCCAAAGUCAGACGCUCCCUCCUCCCGCUGCCACACUGCCCUGCUCACACUGACGGGGGAAAUGCAGCAGUAACAGCAGGAGCAGGAGGAGGGGGAGGAGGCGGAGAAGCAGGAGCAGGAGCAGGGGCAGGGGCAAGAGCAGGAGAGGGCGUGGGAGGGAUGGGGGGAAACGAAAAGGUGGUGGAGGGGAGAGGGGGGGAAGACGGCAGCAGUCACGGCGGGACGAGUUCUGGGGUGCCAGCAGGCAGCGGGGCUAGCAUGGGGGAUGUGGGAGGGGGUGUGGUGAGGAGCAGUGGUAGUGGUGGUAGCAGUGGCGGUGGUGAUGGGGGCGGGGAUAGGGAUGUGCUAAGUGAGUUGGCGAGGAGGGGAGGGGGUGCGGGGGCUAUUGGAGUGAGGGGAGGGAUCAUGGAUCGCCUCAGCAGACAGCCCAUGCAGUCGCCCGCUGCUGCAGCGCCAGCAGGAUCGAGCAACCCAGCAGCAGCAGGCGCAGCAGCAGAGGCAGCUCCUGCACACGCAGCAGCAGCAGAAGCAGCAGCAAGAGCAGCAGGAGGAGGUUCUAGUAGUGCUGGUGCUGCACCAGAGGCGGACUGCAAAAAUGCACCUGCUUCUCAUCCCACGCCCGCACACGCCUCCUUCUCUGCCUCUCCGUCCCUGGCACCCACCACCCCCUCGCUUCUCCACGAGCCGCCCUUCAUUCUCGCCGCCCCGGGUUCUGCCUCUUCCUCUCUCUCCCUGCCCUGCCCUUCCCGCACCCGUAGUGCUGACGGGGGGGAGCAGAGAGCAGCGAGCAGCGUGCAAGGGGAGGCAGUGGGGAGUGAGGUAGCUCCCAAGGUGGAGCAGCAGGGGAGGAGCGAGGGCAAGGCGGGAUGGCCCAGGGAGAGAGUGAGCGGUCACCCUCCCCUCUCCCCGUCUCUCACUCCUGCUGCUGCUGCUGCUGCUGCUUCUGCUGUGCCCGGGACCACAGCAGUGGGAGGCACGGCGUCGCAGCAAGGUGCAGCAGCAGCGCAAGGUGCAUGGGCGGGUGGGGUGGCAGGGGGCCGUGCAGGGGUGACGGGGGCAGCAGCGGCGCCCACCAGUGGAGCAGGAGGGGGGACAGGAGGGGCAGCUCCGGGGCACAAGGGACCCCUGGCGCUGCACUGCGUGUACAUGUGGGGGGAUGACUCUGCACCUGACACUCCUUCCGCUCCUGGUGCUUCUGGCACUGCCAGCGCUUGUGGCUCGGAUCACCCCUUGGGCCUCCCAAGCGCGACAGUGAAGAGAGUGAAGGGGCGUGGAGCGGGCAGCAGGGCAGGGGGGCCUGCAAGGGUGCCGUGGGUGGUGGCGGUGUGGACGGACUCCCGGGGCGAAUUGCUUGAGACCCGCGUGGUGCACGGCCGGGCAGGUGCUGGGACAGAUGGGGAGACUGGAGAGGCUGCGGAGGGUGGGGAGAGUGAGAAGGGAGGGGAGACUGGGGAGGGGUUGAGGGGUGGUAGCGGAAGAAUGGGUGAUGGAAGGGGAGAGGGGGAGGGUGGGGAUGGAGGGAGGAAUGUGCGGGGUGCGGCGGAGGGCGGGGUUGGAGGUGGUGGAGAGGGAGGGAGAGGGGCUGCUGAGGGGGAGGGAGGUGACGAGGAGAUGAGGAGGGAUGGGUGUUGCGCGGAGGGGGAGAGGAAGGAUGGGAUGGAAGUGGAUGGAGGGGCGGGCAUGGGGGAAAGUGGUGGUGGUGGGGUGGCAGGGAGCGUGUUGGAGCAGGUGCUGCAGGUGGGCGUGGAAGUGGUGGCGCUGCUGCAGCACAAGGCACGCCUGCAGGCAGGCAGGGAUGCGGAGAAAGGGCAAGGGGACGCGGGGAAGGGGAGGGAGGGCGGUGGGGAGGGAGGGGAGGAGGAUUGGUGGAUGGCCCAGCGGCCGGUGUAUGUGGUGAAGGCGGGGCAGGGAAUGACACGUGCGGAGCUGCAAGUGGGAGAGCAGGUGCAGGGCCGGGUGUCUCAAGAAGCUGCGAGCAGCACUCCUCCUGUCGCCCCCGCUCCCGGUGCCUCUAACCCCCUCUCCCACGCCACUGCCCUUGCAGCCGACCCCCCCCCUCACCUGUCCAGCCAGGGAGCAGACGAGCAGGAGAAGGGACCGGAGAGCCAUGGGGUGGCUGUGGGGGGUGAGGGGGCGGGUGUAGCAGAAGGGACGCGGGAAGGGAGUGUGCAGGUGGAGGGACACCCUGGGGUUGGGACGGUGGGAGAGAGAGUGCCGGGUGUGUGGCAGGGCAUUGCAAGCGUGACCGUUGCAUGGCUGCAUGUGGUGCCACAGCUGCAACUCAUGUCAAUACCACCGCCGCCCCCACCCUCCCCCACUCCCUCUCCUGCCCCUGCACCUGCUCCCUCUGUCCUUACCCCUUCCCUCCCUUCGCCGGCUCUCGGCCCCGCUGCCUCCCCUAUUCUCUCCCCCAUGCAACCACGCCCCACUCCAUUCCCGUCCCCACUAUCCACGCGCCACACUGCCACCACCCCCACCACACUCCCCCUUCCAGAGCCCUUCUCCCCUCCCCUUGCACCCCUGCCCCCAUCCUCCCGAACCACUUCCUCCCCCAUCCCUCUCCAUCCCCCUCCUCUCCCCCACUCGCCCUUCCCCCACGCGCCCUUCCCCCCCCGCAUCCCCCAUGAAAGCACACACCCUCUGCACCCGCCACUGCCCUCACCGCCCCUGCAUGGGGCAAUCGCAAUCCCCCCCCGGGGUCCCUUGCAGCUUCCCCAGCAGCACGGGGCAGGGUCUACUCUGCUGCUCGUGCCCCAUGCUCCAUGGAUUGACCUCUCCACCCCUGCACACUCCCCCUGCAACCCGCCGUACUUCCCUCCCACUCCUCUGCACCGCUUGCGACCCCCCAAGCGUGUGCGCCCUGCUCUGGGUCGGCUCCAGAAACCCAAGCAGAAGAAGCAGCGUGUGCCGUUGCUGCUAACCCCCCCACCUCCUCCCCCUUCCCCCUGCGCCCCGCUCCCCCUCCCCCUGCGCCCGCUUGUGGCGGCUCAAGUAACACGAGCGCUGCUGCUGCGACUGAGGCGGCAGCAGGAAGUGGGGAUGAGGAAGGGGAAGCGGGAUAAGUUGAUAGAAGGGGUUAAGGGAAGGACGAAAGGUGGAGUGGCAGCAGUGGGUGUGAGAGGGAGGAAAGCCAGCAGGGGUGAAGGAAGCAAUGAUGAAAGGAUUAAGAGCAAAACAGGCAAGGGGAAAGCAGGUGAAGAGAUUAAGACCAAAUUAGGCAAGAGGAAAAGGGUUGUUGGGAGCAAGGGUGAAAGGAGUAAGAGAAAAAAAAGCAAGGGGAAAUCAGGUGAAGGGAUUAAGGCCAAAUUAAGCAAGAGGAAACGGGUUAUAGGGAGCAAGGUUGAAGGGAGCAACGAUAAAGGGAACAAGGGUAAAGCGAUUAAGGACAAAGAGGGCAAGGGAAAAGGGGGUGAAGGGAGUAAGGGCAACGCGAGUAAGGGUAAACGGAGCACGAUCAAAGGUGAUGGAGUCAAGGCGAGAGGAGAGAAGGAGGUGAAGAAGGAGAAGGGGAAGGAGGAGAAGGGGAAGGGGAAGACGAAGGAGGGUAAGAAGGAAGAGGGGAAACAGACGCAGGGGAAGGAGAAGAAGGGGAAGGAGAAGAAGGGGACGAAGGAGGGUAAGGAGAAGAAAGGGAAGGAAAACAAGGGGACGAAGGAGGGGACGUUGAAGAAAGUGAGUGUGGAUGGAGUGAAAGUGAAGGGAGUUAAGGGAGUAAAAAGGCAGGGGAAGGAUAAGGAGCUGGGUACAGGGAAGGUGAAGGGUGGGACGAUGAUGAAGAAGAAGGGUGUAACAAUCGGGAAGAAAUCAGGCGGUUCUAGUAAGACAAAGACAGGUGCUGCUAGUGCAAAGAAAACAGGUAAGGAGACAGGUAAAAAGACAGGUAUUGAUAGUGGGACGAAGACAGGUAUUGCCAGAGGAGAGGAAAUAGGUAAGAAGAUGGGUAUUGAUAGUGGGAAGAAGAAAAAAAUAGGUAAGGAGACAGGUAUUGAUAUUGGGAAGAAGAAUAAAAUACGAAAGAAGACAGGUAUUGAUAUUGGCAAGAAGAAGAAAAUAGGAAAGACAGGUCUUGGUACUGGGAAGAAGAAGAAAAUAGGAAAGACAGGUCUUGGUACUGGGAAGAAGAAGAAAAUAAGUACGAAGACAGGUGUUGAUAGUGGGAAGAAGAAGACAAGCCGUGCUGGUACGAAGGUGGGCCGCAAAAGCAGCAAGGAGGGAAAACUGGUGAAGUCAUUGCGGCCAAAGAUAACACUGGGCAAGGCCCGGAAGGCAGCGAGGCGGGGUGUCACAGCAUCAGAAGUGCACAAGGCGGCAGGCAGGCAGGCAGGCAGGGCGAGAGGCCAUGGCAAGAAGGGGCGGAAAGAGGCACGGAAGGAGUGGAGGCGAGUGUGGCGGGAGAAGAUGCGCGAGGUGGGGCGUAUGGUGCGAGAGCUGACUGGUGGGGAGGACGAUGGGCACGAGGGCGUGCGUGGUGUGGCCACAGCAGUGAUUCUCAGCACGGCGACACACCGAGGGUGUGCGGGAGGGGAGGGGGGGACGGCAGCAGGGGCAAGCGGUGCAGCAGCGGCAUGGCUGGGGCUGGAGGGGCUAUCGGUGGGAGCAGCACAGGAGGCGUUUCGGCUUGGGUUGCCCUGGCAGGGUGCGUACCUGCCUGCUGUGACUAACAGUGGAUUCCUCUCCCGCUCUUCUUUCUCUGGUGGCAGUGGCGGUGGCAGUGGCGGUGGGGGCUUGGGUGCGCGGCUGGGGUCACAUGGAGCUGCACAUGCAGGUAGCGCAGCUGCUAGCAGUGCUGCUGCUGCUGCUGCUGCUUCCUAUCCCCUUCUCGCCCCUGCAGCAUCAGCAGCCACAGUGGGAGGUGGCGGUGUAAUGGCAGGAGGGAUUGGGUGUGGUGCUGGGGGAGGGGUGGUGGCUGUGAUUGUUGCGGCCCACUUUACUGCAGGGCCUGCUGUUGCUGACGCACGGCAGAAGGUCGGGGAAGCGGAAGGCAAGCAGGAGGGGAGGAACGCCUCGAUUCAGGACAGGAGAGGCAAUCGUGUGGUGGGGAGAGGUGCUGAUGAGCGACAGAGGGCGGGUGGUGGAGUGACAGACAGUAUGAGGAAAGAGGGUGACGGGCGGGAAGGUGUGGGAGUGGGAGUGAAGCGAGGGAGGGAAGAGGAGGGCAGUGGGGCAGGAGGGGUGGAGCAGGGGGGAGAGGAGGGGAUUGCUGGGGGUAUCAGAAAGCGGCAGCGGGUGGAGGCAACAGGUGUAGGGGCAGGGGCCAGUGGUGGGGGAGGUGGGGCGAAGGAGAUCAAGGUUGGGGUGAAGGAGGGCAAGGGUGGGGAGGGCAAGGGUGGGGAGGGUAGUGUAGAUGCCAGGAGGGGGGAGGGUGUGGAGUGCAAGGCUGUGGAGAUGGGUUCGAAGGUGCCAGGCAGUGGUGAUGGCAGGGCGAGUGCAGAGCACAGAGAAGCAGCUCCAGGGACGUCUCAAAAGGCGAGUGGUGCACCGAGAGAGGCCCAGACCGGGUAUGGCGGGGAGACAAGAGGGCCGGCACAGGACAGGAAUGGCAGGGGCGUGGGCAGCGAGGGAGGACGGGAGGGAGAGGAACAGGGGAAACAGAAGAGCGUCACAGGCAGCAAAGGGGGUGAGAAAAGGGAAGGCGAAGUGGGCGAGAGUGAGUGGUGGGAGGCAGCAGCAGAUGCGGAGGCAAGGCGCGUGGCGCAGCAGCUGGGAGCAGAGCUGCAUGCGCUCUCCUGGCUGUCCGUGUCCCCUGCCAGCCCCUCCCCGCUCUCCCACCUCCCCUUCCACUUCCUUGUGGCCGCGCGCCUGCUGCUGCUGCUGCAGCACGUGCCGUGCGCUGCACCUGCGUAUGUACCAAGCGGGGCGAUGUGUGGUGCUGGUGAGGCGGAGGCAGGUGUGGGUGUGGGAGCGGGGGGAGAGGGUGGUGGUGCAGCGCGUGGAGGGGAGCAGGUUGAGCAGGCAGCAAACGUGCGAGCGCACAGUCAAGGCGCAUGCUUCUGA